GGGGGUGGGAUCCGCGGCUCCCGCCUUCCUGAGUCUUCCCCGGGCACUUCAGGGAGCAGCAGCCAGCUCCAGUGAAAUGCCCCCUGCAGUGGCUCUGGCCAAGGGGGAGAGGCAAGGCUGGCUCCUCAGAGCAGUGCUUCUCAGCCCUUGGAGAGUGGAGACCCCCUCUCAGGCAGUGCCUACAAGAAAACCUGAGGGCAGGGCUACUUUUUUUUUUUUUCCUAUUGAAAGACAGCGCUCCAACAUCUCCAGGUUGCGAAGCCCUCGCAGGGCUCACAUUGUGCAACCUGCUCCAAAGGAUCUCAAGUGGGGAAUCACUGCAUUAGUGCUGGAAGCAGCCAGUCCUGGAGGUGUGAUCCGCUCCUGCCUUCUUGCAAGGGCCAGGACCAUCUCCCCUGGGCCGGCUUUCCUUCCAGCAGGAAGAAGAUUCAGAAAGUCUCAGUGCAGCAUUUGCUUCAGUUGUGGAGUUCAUGAAUCAGACCACAAAGGAAUGUGAGGCAAGUGCCCCAACCACCAGGGCAUUCUCAGCCUGUCCUGCUUCAGGUGUUGCACUUGGAGAGAAGAAUUUGAAUUGGACCCAGGGAGCAGGAAACAUGAUUCCGCUAGACCCUCUUAAAAGGGGGUACCUUUUGGAGAGUACUGGAAGCUGUGAAUCCCAGUUGGAGCAUGGUGUCUCCCUGAAUGCUGGAGAGAGGAAGGAUUUAAGACUCAUCCCAUUCUCAAAAUUUCUCUCUCAGCUAGUGCAAACAACUUCUUACUCGAAAUACUAUAGCUCUGUGCCAGCAUGUAGGUGUAGAGAGAAUGAAAUUAAACAUGUCUGCAGAUACCACAACAGACAAGCAGCAGAAAACCUGUUAAAGGCACUGGAAAAAGAAAAAAAUAAAACCUCUCCAGUAUCCAGUCCAGCUGCAACCCCUCAGCAACAUGGAAGAGAGGCUUCUAAAGAUAUCUACAUUGAAGUAGCCCCUGGCACCUAUUCUGUCACAGCAACCUCAGAGGAUAUGGUGAAACAGACACAUGUGGUAGACAUCACUGCAGGACAAAGUAUUGAUUUAACUUUCAGUCUAUGAUGAUUGGUCUCUUGGCAAAUCAUGGAAUAAAACAAUCCUAGAAUCCGCUAACAAAUUAAUGCAAUAAAGCAUGAAUUCCUUCUUGGCACUUUAAAAUGGUCUUCUAUUCUCAGGGUACAUGCUUUGUGAAUUGUGUAUUUGUUGAACAGAAAAGACUAUUACAACCUAUUGUAUACAUGGAUAUUAUAUGUAUACAUAUUUGUACACAUAUGCCUUAAUUCUAAUUGUACAAUUGUAUUACACUGGGUUUUAUAUUGUUUUUAAAUAAAAGAUGCAAAUAAAGGAUAAAAUUUAAUCUUUAGAUGGA